CCUGACUGACUCACCCCGAAGCCCCCAUUGAUAGCUGCCUUCAACCCAAUCAAAUUUGCCCGGGACUUCGUAUGGCUGGAGCUGUGAUGCUACUCAUUAUGAAUCAUUCACCUAAACUUCAAGAGCUGCAAAGAUGAGUUCAUCUCUCCACAUAACAGUUUAUAUAUAGAUAUAUAGCUAAGUAGUACAGCUAUCUGGCCUUUUCUCAUUAGAUAUCCUAAGUACCUGCCCAGGUAGAUAACCAAGUGUUUCGAAACCAAAUAGAAUACAUAUUAUUUCACAUGUUACUUGGAUUCACUUUAGUUUUUCUUGAUUCUGGCUUUUGCACGCCAGCUCAGCAAGCCAUUGCUUUGGAUACCCUCUUGGAUUUUUCAUUCUUCGCGCAUUUCUUCAUACCCAUUUGUAUUUCGUAUAUCGUCGACAAUAAUCGAACGUGGUCAUGGCGGUCGAGGGAGCUUCAUCAGGCCCUGAAACUAUACCCUUUAAUUCGCAUGAUACCGCGUUAUGUGUGCUUCCUCCAAAGCGCUAUUGGCCCUUGUUUGAUGGGCUUCGACGCUUGUAUGAUAAAGGUUAUGAAAAAUGGCCGCCUCACAUCAACCUUGUCUAUCCAUACGUUCAAAUCGAGAACCUGUCAAGGGCGUCCGAGAUGAUUACGUCAGUUGCGUCUCAAAUGAGUAUAGGCGGCGUCAAAAUUCGUCUUGCUGCUGCCGAUGUCUUUUCUCAUAAGCACGAUAACACGAUUUUCGUAUAUGAUAAUGAUGAUGAGCGAAUCGCGAGGCUAUAUACUUUGCGACAGGCUAUCUUGACAGCAUUGGGUCAAACUUCAACAACGGGCUAUCGCAUGCACAUGACGAUCGGACAAAGCGAAGAACUCAACAGUGACUCUCACAAGUUCCUCCUAGAAAAGGCAUCUCUAUUGCCCGAAGUAGAAUGGACAGUCGAUAAACUAUGUAUCAUGGUUCGAGAGCGAAGGAUAGUUGAUGGAAAUGCCUUUAGCCAGAUGAGAGUCUGGGGAACCAUCGACCUCACUACUUUCUCUCUAGACACCACCGAUUCACCUGAGCAGUUCAACCAAAGCAAACUGCUUAUCGACUCGAUAGAAGGAGUAUCAGAGGCUGUUAAAGAGGAUGGAUCUCUCGUCAAUUUUCCGUAUACUCUACUAGAUGGAGGGAAAUGGGGUUUGCAUCCAUUUUCUCACGUAGAGUCAUCCGAAGAGAUCGGCGUUGAUUCCUUAAGUGUCGCAAGUUACAACGUUUUAGCGGAGUUUAAAUAUCCCCCUUUGAAGGCCAGAUAUCCACUCCUUGUUCAAAACAUCCUUCAGGAAGCCAUCCUGGCCGAUAUUCUGAUCCUGCAGGAAGUUACUGACGAUUUUCUUUCGUUCAUCUGCCAUAACAAUGAUAUCCGCAAGCACUAUCGAUUCGUCAGCCACGGACCCCCGGAUCAAGAUGACAUCGGACCACUUCCAAAUCACCUGAACGUUGUGGUUCUCAGCAGGUGCCCUUUCUCCUGGACAUGGCUAUCGUUUAACAGACGUCAUAAGGGUUCGAUGAUCGUCACGUUCAGGAACAUUGGAAAGCAACGCGGGGAUACCUUCGUACCAGUCAUUCUAUCGACCAUUCAUUUAACUAGCGGUCUCAACGAUGGCUCUGUUUCAUCUAAAAAACAAGAGCUUCAAGCCCUUCUCACUCAUCUGACGCAAAAUUAUUCACAGAACCCCUGGAUCCUGGCUGGUGACUUCAACAUUACCACCAGUACUCACACGAUUGAAGCCGCGUUCAGGAGAAAGGAGAUCUCAUCGCAAACAAUCGCACACCUUAGCGAUCUUGAGAACAGUUUUAACGAAGCGCGACUAAUAGACGCUUGGGCAUCUGCUCGGGUUCAGUACGGCGACCACAUGGAUCUCGAACAUGACUUCGAGCGCCAGGUAGCGAUCUAUGAGGGCGAGCAAGGAGCGACGUUCGAUCCCACGAUCAAUGACCUGGCGGCCGAGAGUGUCGGCAGUGGAUUCAAUAAUAGACCCCAGAGAUAUGACCGGAUACUUGUCAGUGGGGAGGACUUCAUUGUUACCAACUUUGAUUUAUUUGGCCGAAGGCCAGGCUGCUUGGACGGAAAGACUUCAGAGAACGCAAGCGAAAUUGAGGGCCAACCUAUGCCCUUUGUUUCGUAUGCUAGUGACCACUGGGGAGUCAGAUGCUCGUUAAAAUUCAAUAAAGGAGCAGACCUAAGUGCAGCCGAGCUUUCUGUACCAGUACACCUCAGCCCAGCCCAAGACUCUCUAAGCGAUACUUCUCAGCUCAAGAGUUGCCUCGGCGACUUAGAUGUCUUUCCUUCAGAAGCAGACAUUACCAGGCGGAAAGAAGGACUGGAGUUGUUGAAAGAUGUUGUAUUGGAGCACAACUCCAGUACAGCACGAGGCAACCCCUCCUUCGUGCUCGUCCCAGUGGGUUCAUAUGGGCUGGGUGUUUGGACAGCAUCAUCGGAUAUCGACUGUCUUUGUAUUGGACCAAUCAGUGCCAAAACCUUCUUUACUUUAGCGACGCAGAGGAUUCGCAAGGCUGAGGACAAAGGUAUCAGACUCCGGAGAAGAGUUAAUGCCCAUUCUGGCACCAUGCUCGAGCUCGAGGUGUUAGGCAUCAAGAUGGACCUACAGUAUUGUCCCUCGGCAGCUAUUGCUGAGGCUUGGCCACAUGUGAUGAGACUACCCGCUAAAGACCCCAUGUUUGCGUUACCAGUUCAGACGUUAGCGAAGCUGAAGCCAGUGAGGGACAUGUACUACAUUCGACGGACUAUCCCCGACUAUGCUGCUUUUCGAACUGCUUACCACCUGAUUAGAUACUGGGCAAAGCAGCGCGGUAUUUACUCGGCAAAAUUUGGCAUGUUAAGCGGAAUUCAGAUCUCUGUCUUAUUGACUAGAGUGUGUAAGCUUCUAUCACAUGGAGGGAGAAUCGUUCCUUUGCCAUCCAUACUGACAACGUUCUUCCACCAUUAUGCUAAUUUCAAUUGGAAUACGCAAUUGGCAUUUGAUCCAUUCUUUCACAAACAGCUUCGGUACGUCCGCACAGCUAGAGAACCAAUGGCCAUUCUAGGAUUCUAUCCUCCCAGUCUCAACACAGCACUUAAUGCAUCAUUACCUUCCGUAUCGACAAUCUCCAACGAAUUCAAACGAGCGAGUACACAACUAUCGCAACAGGGUACCAAUUGGACAGUAUUCCUGAGCGAGACCCAAGGAUUUGAGGAGUUUUUGGCCUCAUAUAAAACCUUCGUCAAGAUUGAUGUUCAAUUUUGGGGAGUCUCGUUAGCAAAGGGUAGUAGCUAUGUGGGCUGGCUGGAGUCUAGAUGCGUAAUGCUCUUAGUCGAUUUAAAUCGGCGCGUUCCCAAUAUCCAUGCCCGGAUCUGGCCUGCACGAUUCGUCAACGAAGAUGUUUCUGACAAUGAAGCGGACUAUCAAGGCUCCUAUCUUAUCGGUCUAACUAAGUUCGAGGGGACUGACGACGAAAAUGUGUCCAAAGAUGAAAUGAAGACAACGCUGGGCUCAUUACGUGCUGCCCUGCAAAAGUUUGAAGCGCAAAUCCGGGGCGACGAGAAAUACUUUGAUUCAACUUGCUCGUGGAUGAGUGCAUCGCUUACUAAUCGAUCAGAACUUGGAAGACUGCAACUCGACAGUCGUGAAUGGGGUGAUUAUACAAUUGGUGACGAUGACUUCGACGACGAAGAGGAAGAGGAAGAUGAGAUAUCGGUUGACUCUGAUGACGAGGAGCACGUUGCACAUGCUGGCAAAUCAAAAUCCAAGAAGAAAAAGAAUUUGGCGUUUGCGAGCCAUGCUGCACGCCCAGCCUAUAUUGGCAAGUUUCGUUCUUCAUCUGAUGUCAUCAAUAGGAUACGUUGGGAUCCGCACAUGGACAGCGGCGACUACAUCGUUGGUUACGAGGAUCGGUUUUUGGGGACGAAAGAGAGGGCACUCGAUGCAUGGAAGUCGGAACAGACGGAUGAAGAGUUUAUCCCGCAACAUCGUAUCCUGUACUUCAAGCGAAAGAGCGACGGAGUUAUCGUAUGGGACAGGAAGGAAAGGCGGGAUACUGUAUUUGGCAGCGGCAUCAGCAGCAUCAACGUCAAGUAGAACGAUAGCAGACAUUAUGAGAUGCGCUAUUAGGGAGACAUGGUCCGAGGGUGGCUAUGAACAAUGUGACGGUGACAAAAUAAAAGAACCAACAACGUUGGACAUGAGGGUACGCAGGUGAACGU